AUAUCCAUAAAUAAUAAUAAAAUUCAUUAGAAAUGGGUGGAGCAAAAGUUGAUUCCAAAGAUCCAAUAAGAGGCAUUAUAUCAGGUAACGUUAUUUAAUAUCUAUUAAAACUUUAGGUGGUAUAACAGGUGGAAUAGAAAUUUGUAUUACUUAUCCAACAGAGUAUAUUAAAACAAUGAUGCAACUCUACAAAGAAUAUUCAUAAAAAGGUGUUAAAUAUUGUAUUGGUGAAACCUAUAAGAAUUUCGGAAUAAGAGGAUUUUAUAGAGGUUUAACACCUUUAGUCACAUUUUCAAUUCCUAAAGUAGCAUGCAGAUUUGGUGCUAAUGAAUGGCUUAAAAAUAAUGUAUUUACUGAUAGAAAAAGCAGACUACAAACAUUCUGUGCAGGUUUAGGAGCUGGUGUGUUUGAAGCAUUUGUUGUUGUUACACCUACUGAAACUUUAAAAGUAAUAUUAUAAAUGAUUUAAAAUCUAGGUUAAAUUGAUCCAUGAUAAAUUAUCAAGCACUCCUAAAUAUAGAGGAAUGAUUCAUGGAAUUGGAUCAAUUGUGAAUGAAAUGGGCUUAUCAGGCAUUUAUAAAGGAUUACUUCCAACCAUUUUAAAAUAAGGCAGUAAUUAAGGUAUCCGAUUUGUUGUGUUUGAAGAUACAAAGAAAUUUAUAUAAGUAAUUCAAUAUAUCAUCUAUAUUUUUAGAAUACUUUUUAAUUUUUACCUGAACCUGUUGUUUUAUUAUUUUCUGGAGGUAUUGCUGGUGCUGCCUCUGUCAUGGCUAAUACUCCAGUUGAUGUUAUUAAAACAUAAAUGUAAGGACUUAAAUCUCAUUAAUAUAAUGGUGUCUUAGAUUGUUGCAAAUAAACUUAUUAACAUGAAGGAAUUAGAGGGUUUUACAAAGGUUAGAAUAUAAUUAUAAAUUUAUAGGAACUGUACCAAGAUUAGGAAGAGUUGUUAUGGAUGUAGCCAUUACAUUUACACUCUAUGAUUAUAUUGGAAGAGUUCUUAAUUUUGUUUGGCCACCAAAACAUUGAUAGUUCAUAUAUAAUUUAUUCAAGAUAGUAA